AUGGAGCGUCCUACGUUGGCCCUGUCGCGUCUUCAGUUGGAGCCACGAGCCGCGCGUAAAAGCGAGUGGCUCCGGAGCGCCCUGGUCCAUCACCACUGCCCCGAUCUCGGCGUGGAAAACGAAAUCGUCGUCUUGGCCACUGGAAUAGACCAAUACCUACAGGAGGUGUUCCACCACCUGGCCUACCCCAACCGGGACGAUACCGUGUCGGCGGAGGAUUUCACAGCGCUGUGCGUCGUGCUGGGACUCACUAGAGGAAAGAGGACGGCGAAAGGAAGGAAAGGGACUGGAGCUGAGGAAACACAUGAAGAAGAUGAAGAGUUUCGGGAUGUGUGUUCUGGCCUGCCCCGCCAGCUGUCCUUUAAAGACUUCCACUCGCGGCUCUGUGGGUAUUUCCGCGUCCGCAGUGCUUGUAGAGGUACCGGGGAGUGUGCCUGGCGCCUGCCCGUUGCUGAGGACACGGAGCUGGUGGAGCGACAGAUCCGCCUCCGGUGGCCGCGAGUCAGACGGCGGAAAUGUGAGCUGACCAGGGAUCAGCAUGAACGGAACAGCUCAAUUAAAGUUGGAACAGCAGAAGACCGCGAGUCAGAUGUGGUGGUAGCUCUGAGAGAGCUGGUGGAGGACCUCCGCUCAGCGCUGCAGGGGAGUGACGCUCGCUGCCUGGCCCUGGAGGUGGCCCUCAGACGGGGCAGGAGCACCAUCCCUUCUCCAUCCAGCUUCAACUCCACAGCUUUAACUCCCACGACCUCCACCACCCUUGUACAGGGAAAACUGGUACCAACACGCAGAAUCAAAGGACAGUGCAGUAGAGCUGGAGGAGACAGGGCGAUGAAGGAGGCGAGGAGACGGGACAUCAGGGACCCCCUUCUGAGGGAGCUGAAGCUGAUCCGCUCCUCACGCGAUGGGCAGCUGGAGGAGGCCAUCAAAUUCAAUGAGUGUUUGGAGGAGGAGCUGCGGUGGGUGUACCAGGAGGUGCGCAAGCUUCAGGGGGUGAAGUCUGCACUUAGGAAGGAGAAUGCUCAGAUCAGGAGGCGGGCGCAGGAGGCCAGGGAGGCUCUGAGCUUGGGGCUUCAGAGGGUUCAGAUGAUCCAGGAGGAGGCUCAGUCUGUCCCGCAGCUGCAGGCCAGGAUCACCCAGCUGGAGGCUGAACUCCAGCAGUACAGAUCCUGCUGCACCUGCGUCCCCGAGCCCGCCCAUCAGCAAGCUGACCCACUCGGAGCAGAAGACGCCUGCAGCAAGACAGAGUGUCUGCAGAGAGCAGUGGAGGGGAGAGCUGCCUCUGAUGAAGAGGAGGACGACAGAGGGAUGAGGGAGGAAGGACAGUGUGUCUGUUGGAGAUGUCAGAACCACCGGCUUUCCUCUCACAUUCACCUGCAUGAGAAAAACCCCACCAGCAGGGGGCGCUGCAGCUGGAGGGGACAACAGCAAGAGCAGCCAAAGGACAGCAGAGGCUUCGACAAAGACAAGGCCCGAGGACGAGGAGGAUGCGACGGGGCUGGAGGAGAAAGAAAAGGCACGUCCAUGUCAGUGCAGCAGAGUAACAGGUCUCUGUGUCACUACAAGGUGUCCCGCAGGGUCCCGGGGAAGACUGUGGUAGACGAUCUGGAUGUGUGCAGUAGGAGUGGAGAUGGUCCGCCUCAGGUCCUGCAGGUACCUGAUGCCCUCUGUGCCCGACUGUCCUCCUGGCAUCUCCUUGGCAGCGGAGGGGGUGAUGAAGAGCCAACGAUCUACCUAACCUAGGGGUUAAAAUGGACUCUGACCUUAAGCUCGACAGACAGAUA